CAGUCCACAAUGCCUUGCGGUGUCCCAGUUCCACUGCUGUGUAUUUACCAGCACAAGUAAUGAGAUGGGGAGAGGGGCAUUUUCCGCAGCUUGCUGGUGAGUCCGCAGAAGACGAGCGCACAGGGAGGACGGGCUCAAAAACUUUCAGGCAGGAGGUUUAACCAUCGCUUACGCGUUCAUCGGGACUCGAUCGCCGCCUCCUCCGUGUCUUAGUCCCGCAGCCAGGCGCUACUUUGUCGCAGUUCGCUGGAAGUGAUUUGCUGGCCAGAGGUUCUGGAGGAGAACGUUCGCGGAAUUCGCGUCGUUACCUGUGCGUUUUCACCAAAGUUCGGACUGCGAGCGCCGGGUUCAAUCCCCAGCACAUCCUAAAGGGUACCGAUAGAGCAGCCCAAAGGCCCCCCCCCCCAGCAGCCUCCAGUGAUGAUGGGGCCAGCACACAACCGGCCCCCUCGCUUCUGACCCAACAUGGAGCUCAAGGUCUGGGUGGAUGGAGUCCAGAGAGUCGUCUGUGGAGUCACUGAGGCAACCACCUGCCAGGAAGUGGUGAUUGCUCUGGCCCAGGCCAUAGGUCGCACUGGGAGAUACACCCUGGUAGAAAAAUGGCGCGACACCGAGCGCCACCUGGCUCCCCAUGAGAGCCCCGUGGCCUCGCUGAACACGUGGGGCCAGUACGCCGGCGACGUCCAGCUGAUUCUGCAUCGCACAGGCCCCUCGCUGACCGAAAGACCCCCCUCGGAGGGACCCCCCCUGAGGGGGCCUGAGCGCGGGCUGCAUCGGCAGAGCCUCCCUCCCCUCGCAAAGCUCCGUCACCCCAGCGACCGCUCCCUCCGGCGGCGCGAGCCUCGCCGCAAGUCCCUCACCUUCACCGGGGCUCCCAGGGGCCUCAGGGAGAUCCUGGGCGGGGGCCGGGUCGGAGAGGCCGAGUCCAAACGGAGACUCGUCCUUGGGAACGGGGCCAGCCACUACCACGCAGGACCGGCCAUCGGGAGCGUGUCCCCCGGUCUGUGGGCAUGUCGCAUGGAAGACCUGGUCCGACUGGUGGGUUUACAGAGGGAGACCCUCAACGUGCUGGAGAAGAAGCUGGAGGCCUAUGAGGCCGAGCUCCACGUCUGGGCCGAAGGGAGAGGCGGGAGAGGGGGAGGGUCCGCGGGGGUCCUGGGCGGAGGAGGAGAGCUGAUGGAAGAGAUCCUGAGGCUGGAGAAACAUCUAAGGAAGAAUGAGGUGGAGAUGGAGGAGGAGGAGUUCUGGGCCACAGAGCUACAGAUUGAGCUGGAGAGCGAGAGGCAGCUGGAAGAGAGACUACAGGAGCUGCAAGGGCGUCUGAAGGGCUGUGAAGUGGAGAUUGAAGAGAAGCUGGCGUUGGUACAGAGUGUGGAGGUGGGUCUGCAGGAGGCGCGGCUCCAGCGGGAGCAGCAGGAGACCCAGUGGGUCAGCGAGGCCGAGGCCCGGGCCCAGGCCCUCCGGGUCAAAGCGGAGCUGAAGGCCCAGGAGAGACAGGCCGUCCAGCUGGAAAGCAGCUGCAGAGCCGUGGACCGGUCGCUGGGGCAGAGCAGCAAGAAACUGCAGGACAUGCAACAAGAGCUGGAGCAGCUGACAAAGGAGCUGAGGCAAGUUAACCUGCAGCAGUUCAUCAAGCAGACCGGCACCAAGGUCACAGUGCUGCCAGCAGAACCCACGGAGGACGAUGCUAGCGGCCAGAAUAAAGAUUUAGGUCCCCUCACUGGCUCACUGAAGCGCCCUGUGUCGUCUCAACCGGUGCCCAGUCACCUGCGGGUCCUGCACAGCCCCCUGAGCUCCGGCCUCAAUCCGGAGGGGAUCUAUGUGUGACGCGGUUGGAACACGUAUUUGUCUGGCUUAAAGAGCCCAUUUCAACCCAGAACCCAUCUGUAAGUGGAUAUCUUAGUAAAUGCUACCUCAGUAGCACACCACUAUGUAUUGAUGAAGACUGAAACAGCGAUGGAUGUUUAGACGGUAAUGCAUGAAGGAAAAAAAAACUAGCAGCACAGUCUCAACACAUCAGAACUAAAGCUAAGGCUGCUCGGGACUUACUGCAGCAUCCAAACAUAUCCACUUAUUGUACUUUUACUGUCACUUUAGUACCUGCUGAAUGAUUUGAAUUGUUUUCCUCCCAAGCAUCAUGACUCCGAUCUAUUGCCUUUUGAACAGUAUUCUUGAGAAUCUUGACAUGUGAAUCUACGAACCUUUAUUUCUGAACGCAUAUGAAAUGUCUCGUGAAUGCAUCUAAACCAGCAUAACGACUGGUUCUUAUAUAAGUAAUGAAGAAUCCUCUUGCGUCUAUAGUAUAUCUUUGUCUAGAACCAAUAUUUUGCAUAUCAGAAUCUUUUCCUGUAGCUCUGAUGGUCAGUUUGUGUUAAGUCUAUGCACAAAUAGUUUUGUUACUGAAGAAUGUUACUAUCUAUAGCUUACUAUAAAUGUUUGUUUUCUUGUUGGUAUCUUUCUUUUUUACUUUCUAGCUUUGGUGAAUUAUAUUUUAUUACUAAGUGGUGCAUUCACAAUCACAAAAAUGCAGUGUCCUCAUUCCUGCAGUGGUAUCUGCAUAUUGAAAUGGUGUUAUGUAUUUUUGCCAAACGUAUUCUGCUUGUUUUCCUGUAAGGACCGGUGGCCAAAGACUAGCAGGUCUUAUUGCAUGAUUGUGUUGUUAAUAUAGCCAUAGGAGGGUAAAUCCAGAGAACAGUGAAUCAGGUAGCUGAAUUUAAAAAUGAAGGCAUGUAAUACAUUGGAUAGUUACAGCUACGUUUUGUGUGUGUGUGUGUGUGUGUGUGUGUGUGUGUGUGUGUGUGUGUGUGUGUGUGUGUGUGUGUGUGUGUGUGUGUGUGUGUGUGUGUGUGUGUGUGUGUGUGUGUGUGUGUGUGUGUGUGUGUGUGUGUGUGUGUGUGUGUGUGUGUGUCAGUCAGAAUAGCCAAGGAAUGAAACCAGUCUUAGGUUGUAGUUCAGCUGCUAAUCACAUCAAAGUGCCUUAAAUUCAUUCCACCGCCGGUGUAUAAAUAGAGUAAAGCUUUAGUGGAGACAUCAAUGCAAUGAACAGAGUCAGCUGAGCUCCCAUGUCGGUGGAUGUAUUAGUGCCACAUCGCUACACGGAGAGAAGUGACAGCAGCACAGUGGAAACUAUAAUUAUGUUAAACGUGGAAGUAUUUGGGGAAAAUGUCAGUGGGAGCAACGUUUUUAAGGGCGCUUUCCACUUGGCUGUUGUGUUGUAGCCUCAUAUUGGUGGGUGCUGUGAAAUGCAUGCACGUCCAUCUGAUUUAGUUCUUCACAUACUGUAGUCUGGAUCAGUGCUGUUGCCCAGGAGUGUGUUUCCGGCUUAUCACUGGCCUGUUUGAACAACGUGCACAUAUUUGGCUGGAUUUUCCCUUUAAGAAACCACUCGUGUGCAUCUUUCCACCCUGGCGACAAGACGUAGCUGUGGUCACUGUUUACAAAUGUAAAAAAAAUAUGGUCUAGAGAACUGUACGAUGUCAACUGUAGAUAACCUUUUUUAGUUUUUAUUUUUUCAUGCCUUAAUACUGUAUACUGCAAGAUGUGGACCUGUCCGGCUGUAUCUGGCUACUGAUAUGACUCUAACAGCAUGAUUCAAUAAAACAUUGGAUGAAAUUGAA